AGUGAGCCUCGAUGUCCAUACGCCGCAACUCACUCACCCCCAGCCGGCAGGGUCUCUCCAUCACCAACCUGAACAUUCUGAUACAUUGGCACCAGCGGCGCUCCAAAGCCUGUCGAACGGCGGGUCUGUGCGCCUGGCGCUUCUCGCCCGGUCGGUGCUAAAGGUCGACAGCUACAAAGCCAAACUGAACCGGUUGAUGGGAGACGAGCUUCUGGAAUGGCGUAGUAACUGGCGCAAAAUCAUGAAGAGCAGCGUCGUUUACUUUGAUACCCAAGGCUUUGAGUCCCUGAACCAUGUGUCCGAACAGAAACGCGCCCAUAAAGGGUUGAAGUACGUGGGCAGUUUGGUGGUUCCGUUCUAUGAUAAGGAUGUGACUAUCAUUGUUAGUCGAAGACCAUACAAUCCUGCUGUCAGCUAUCCUUCCAAUGAUAUCUUCCAUGACGCGUCGUCGUUGAAAAUCAAGGUGUGGAACUUCGAUAAGGUGUUUCGGUUCUUGCUGAACUUGGGAGUUAAUGAUCUGGAAUACAUGAGCAGUGCCAACUACGAGAAUGGAGAUUUGGUCAAUUUAUUGAAGGAAGAAAAAAUCUUUGGCUCCACUGACAAAGACCCCACUGCCAAACGAGAAGACUUACAUUAUUUGGAUAACAACUACAUCUACGUUUACGAUUUGUCACAAAGCGUCCGUCCCAUUGUCGUUCGGGAAUGGAAUGCUGAAAACAAGUAUCCUAGGUUUUUCUUAACCCUAGAUGGUAAAUGUCCAUUCAUCCAAGACACGGAAAACCUGGAUCGUAAGAAGGUUCGGCGGGCUAAAAAAUAUGAAGAAACUUCUCAUUAUAGACAACUCCUUAAGAUCAUGGCUUAUGAGUUGGUGCAAAAACCCCAGGACCGACGGAUUUCUACUAGCUCUUUGUUGACGAGCACCGCCAUCGAGGAAGAUACCAACUCGCAUCCAAACCAUCAACAAAACUCCAAUAAUGACAGCACCAUCUCCCAAGGAUCCAAUCCUGAGGAUAAUGAGGCACUGGUGGAAACCGAGCCCGAAGACCUCGCGUGUAAAUUCAAACACCCCAAGCCCAAUUUGAUGCGCAAUUCGUCUUGUUUGCCUACCAACAACUCCAAUUCCAACUCCAACUCAAGGUUCUACGACGUGGCAGCUUCAGGGUUCAAUGGAACUUCAAAUGCCGUGCAGAUGUCUAUCGACUCCGGGACUUUCCCCGGUGGUGGGAAUGGAUUGGGCCCUACCAUGUCACAGGUACCUUCAAAGAACAUCAACAACUUGAAAAGAAGAAUCUUCAUGAAAAAGCAGAAGCAGUCCAUGGUUGAGAAGGACGAGAACAAAGACUUGAAGCCAGGCUACUGUGAAAACUGCAGGAUCAAAUACGACCAUUUUGAUGACCACAUCAACUCCAGCAGACAUCGCCGGUUUGCGAUGGACGACGGUAAUUUCAAGGAUAUCGACAACUUGAUCUCCACUUUGAACGAAAACAAGGUGUUUGGCUUCAUUACUUCGGAUGGAGACUUCAGCUACACAGAGUAAUCUUCAUCAUAUUAGCAUACGACUUCAUAGCAUCUUUUUGGUGGCUACUGCAUUUAAUCAAACAAAAUUGAUCGCGAUCUAAUUUUUUCAACUCUAACUGCGAUGGCUAUACUCAACACUGUCACCGUACGACACAUAGCGGGUUCCAGGUCCAUAUGGGCAUCACCCACUUGCCAGUGUCGAUAUCUCAGUACCCUGUUAGUGGUUCUCGCAGACACGAAACCUGCAAAGAAAACAAACCGAUUUGCCCAAAGAUUCAACAACCAGCAUAACCUGCAGCAGCAGAAUUUACCAAAGACUCCACCAAACAAUAGACCUGCGAAAGCCACGCAGCACGGUCCACCCAAGUCUGGACUCAGUCGUGCUCCCAGUGCUUCGGCUAUACCACCUGCUCGUGCUGACUCGAGAAAAGACCAGUAUGCCAAAGCUAAAGAGACAUUGAGACAGAAACAAACAUACAAACCUAAGCCUAAACGGAAGGUCCAAGCUCCUAAGGAGAAGAUCAAAGUGUCCGUUCCCACGUUUGUACUGGUUUCCAACUUAUCGACGAUUCUACGGAUUCCAUUAAAUUCGCUUCUCAAGACAUUGGAAGCCAUGGGCUUUGACAACAUGAGACAUAAUUAUAUAUUGGACAAGGACAGCGUUUCAUUGGUGGCCGAUGAGUACGGGUUUGAGGUAAAUAUGAACGAUGAUACAGGCCUCGAUUUAUUCCCUGCUCCACCAGCUGAAGAUAUUUCGAAAUUGAAGGCUCGUGCCCCGAUUGUCACAAUAAUGGGACAUGUUGAUCACGGCAAAACCACCAUUUUGGAUUAUUUGCGGAAAUCUUCCAUUGUUGACAAAGAAUUUGGAGGUAUCACGCAACAUAUCGGAGCCUUUUCGGUGGUGACUCCGAUCUCAAAGAAGAAAAUCACCUUUCUCGAUACUCCUGGCCAUGCUGCGUUUUUGAAAAUGCGUGAAAGAGGUGCCAAUGUCACCGAUAUCGUCAUUUUGGUGGUAGCAGCAGAUGACUCGGUGAUGCCCCAGACGCUUGAGGCCAUUAAGCAUGCCAAAAAUGCCGGUGUUCCGGUGAUUGUGGCUAUCAAUAAAUGUGACAAGCAAGGUCUCAAGAUCGAUAAGGUGUUGGCAGACCUUGCUCGGUACGAAGUGGAUAUCGAGGACUACGGGGGAGAGACUCAGACGGUCCAGGUAAGUGGGAAGACAGGUUUGGGGAUGGAUAAGUUGGAAGAAGCAGUGAUUACGUUGAGCGAAAUCAACGAAUUCAAAGCAGAACCUACCGGAGUGCCCAGCGAAGGGUCUGUUAUUGAAAGUGAGGUUGUCAAGGGUAUGGGCCCCAUUUCUACGGUGUUGGUGACCAGAGGGACGGUGAAAAUAGGAGACUUUUUGGUGGCUGGCACCACAUAUUGCAAGGUUAGAGGUAUGAAGGACGAAAACGGGAAACCAAUCAAAGUGGCAGGUCCUUCUACUCCUGCCCAGAUCUGGGGAUGGAAGGAGUUGCCUGAGAGUGGAGACCAGAUCCUUCAGGCCAAAACUGAGCAGAUUGCCAAGAAGGUGUGUGACAAUAGAAUUACUCGAAACAAGCAGAUGGAGGCCACUAAGGACAUCGAAUCGAUCAACUUGAAACGGCAGUUGGAAAUCGACGAGCUCAAGAAGCAGGAGAAGAUCAAUGAGUUAAAGUUGCAAGGGUUCACGGAAGAAGACCUUAGAGAAGAGUUCUUCGGUGAUGAAAAGAAGGUGGAAACUGUCAAGUACAUCAUCAGGGCCGAUGUCACGGGGUCUGCCGAAGCCAUUAAGGAAAGUAUCGAAGGCUUGGGGAAUGAACUUGUCAAGGCCACCGUCAUCUCCUAUGAAGCAGGACCUCCAGCUGAUUCAGAUGUGGAUAUGGCCGGUGCUUUGGGUGCAAACAUCUUUUGUUUCAACCUCAAGGUUCCCAAGCCAACUCUUGCGAGGGCUAGUCGAGCUGGUGUUUCUAUCAAGGAGCACAAUAUCAUCUAUCGGUUGAUUGAAGAUGUAACUGAAGAUCUCAGCUCAAAGCUACCACCUAUAAUUGAAACCAAGAUCUUGGCUGAACUCCUGAUCAUGGGCGUUUUCAGCAUCUCCAAUAAGAACAAAAAGAGCACCAAAGUCGCUGGGUGUAAGGUGGGAAGUGGAAUUAUCAAACGGUCCUCAAGAAUUCGGGUUUUGAGGAAGGAUAAGGUGAUAUUCGAUGGUGCCCUCUCAUCUUUGAAGCAGGUCAAAGACGAUGUGUCUGAGGUCAAGAAGGGACAGGAGUGUGGUUUGACGUUCGACUCUUGGGAGGCGUUUGAGGAAGGUGACCAGGUCCUUGUGUACGAAGAGAUCAGCCACAAACAGUAUUUAUAACCAUGUAAGUAGUCUUGUAAAUAGCAGCACUUAACUCAGUUUCGCGAUGCCAUGCUCAUCGCGAAUUUCAUUUCUGGAC